AUGAAAUUCAGUGAGAAAAAAAAUCUUGAAUUAGGAUUUAUCAAGAGAAAUGAAUAUUCUUGCUUAACAUUAUCUAAAGAUAAUUUAGGAGCAUCAUGCAAACAACAUCAGGAUAUUCAAUCUCCAAGUGAAACUUCAACUUCAUCAUCAACAAAUAAAUCAUUAUUUUGGCCAAAUUCAUUUGAAGAGUUUCAAAAAGGUAGUUCAUUAGUAUUUAACCGUUUAACAACUAGAAUAGAAGAAGGUAUUCAAGAUAUACAACAGCAUUUACAACCUGAUUUCCCUAAUCUACCCCCAACAGUUAAUAAUGAGAUACCUAUUGGUUUUUCAUUUAGUGUAAGUGCUUUACUAAUACCAUAUCAUUUAGGAGUUAUCUUAGAGUUACAAGAACAAGGAUAUAUUACAGAUUCAACACCACUAUCUGGAGCUUCUGGGGGUUCUAUUGCUGCUUUAUGUUGUGGUUUAGGUAUUAGUAUGUAUGAGGCUAUGGAAGCCUGUAUAACUUUAUAUAAUGAUUGUAGAGAGAAUGGGACUGCUGGUCGAUUGAAUGCAGUUUUAGAGAAAGAAUUACGCAAAAGAAUCCCAGAAAAUGCUAUUGAAAUUUUGAAUAAUAGAGCUCAAAAAGGAGGACAAAUAAUUGUAUCUUAUACUCAACUUUUACCUGUUCCUAAGCCUCAGUUUGUAUCUGAAUUCUAUUCAUAUGAAGAUUUGGUUGAGUGUAUUUUAGCUAGUUCUACUAUUCCAUUUCUCUCUGUUACAUGGCCUACAGUUCAAUGUAGAGGUAAACCAUGUUUAGAUGGUUUCUUUGCAGUAGGUCGAAGUGAAUUCGGUUGUCCUCCAACAAAUGCUUCUAGAACUGUCAAGGUUUGCCCAUUGCCAACUGCCGGUACAAGUAUGAAAUCUAAACGUUGUGAUGUAAUUUCACCCCAUAUUCAGGAUUUAGAUUGGAUUUUAUUUGAGAAUAUAAGUUAUAUGAAUACUAGAUCAUGGAUAAAACAGCUUAAUAAAACAGAUUUAGUAAGUUCUUCUAGAGAAUCAAUUGAGUCAAUAGAAUCUAAAGAGCAAGAAUGUAGUUCUCUUAAAUAUGAAAAACUUGGAAAUAAUGAAGAUAGUAAAUCUGAAAAGAUACACUAUCUAGAUGAUAAGAUAUUAGAGAAUAAUAAAGAAGAGAAAGAUUUGAGGAUUAACCAAGAUCAUAAUGCAGAUAUUAGAUCUAAUGUAUCUAAUUCGGAAAUAUCAGUAAAUACAUGUCAAGAACAGAGUCACAAUGGGUUGCAGGUUAGUAAUUUAAAAAUUUAUCACAAUACCCCAGCUACUUUAUACUUAAAUAAUAAUCCUAACCCAAGUGCUCCUCCAAUAAUGAAAUACUCAACUCAAGAAUUACUUAGAAUAGCUGUAGAUGCUCCUAGUGAGGAGACUGCUUGGGAACUAUUUUACGUUGGACGUGGUGAUGCAUUAAGGUGGACUAUGAUUGAUCGCAUUAGAUCUAUUAGUUCUUCCGUUAUGGAACCUUAA